AUGGAUUCAAUUCAAUCCUUUUUUAACUCAAAUUCAUCUUUUACUCCUUGUUCUCCCUAAAAAACUAGGUAAUUAUGCAUAUUAUAUAAAGACCUCUUCCAAGUCCUUCCUAAAUUAGCUUUCAAGAAUUCAAUUUAAACGAUAUUUUACCUGAAGAACAAAACUCGAGAAAAUCUUCAGGUUAAAGGUUUGAUAAACCUGUAUUAGUAAUUGAUUAUUUGAUCGAGAAACUCAAACACUACGAAUGA